AAACUUGGAAAUUUUCGAAAGGCAUAAACAGUUCAAAUCAAAACCAAGUAACUCUGUAAAAAUGGAUUUGCUUUCCCUGGUAGAAAAUGAUAAACAACCCACAAAUGUCCUAUGUGUCCAGAAAAAACCAGACAAAAUCCUCGGGUUCCCGGGUUUAGAAACACUGCAUCCAAUCUAGAAACUUAUUAGAACCAAUCAUAUUAACAUAAUAUGCAAACGCGGUUUCUAUUAUUUUAUAUAUUGGUAUGUUAGCAAAAUAAACUAGCCUGUGAAAUUUGAGUGAUUCUAAUCCAUAACGUUCUUGAAAAAACAAUGUCGGAGAUGGAAGAACGAGGGACAGAGCAACGACAAGAGAGUGGCCCUGUUAAAAAAGAAAAAGACUUGUUCGAUAUGGAGGCCGGUGGAAGCAAUAGCUCUUAUAGAAACCAUCAGGUAGAAGAUUGGAGAACUGUUUUGAAGCUUGCAUUCCAAUGCAUAGGUGUAGUUUAUGGCGAUUUGGCUACUUCUCCACUGUAUGUGUUUCCUGGGGUUUUCCAGAAUGGGAUAAAGCACAAUGAUGAUCUUCUUGGUGUUUUAUCUUUGAUUUUUUACUCCAUUAUUGUCAUCACUCUGAUUAAGUAUGUGUUUAUCGUUAUGUCUGCAGACAAUAGUGGAGGUGGAGGGACAUUUGCUCUGUAUUCUUUGAUAUGCCGACAUGUCAGGGUGAGUUUGAUACCAACUCAGCAGUCACAGGAUACAGAAGCUUCCAUCUAUAACUCUGAUGCAUCAACAAUGGCUUCAUAUCUAAAAUCAUGGCUAGAAAAUAGCCAUAUAAUGAAGUACGUUCUUCUGAUCACAACCAUGCUCGGUGUGUCCAUGGUCCUUGGAGAUGGAAUUCUCACACCUUGCAUAUCUGUGCUAUCGGCUGUGGGAGGUCUUAAAUUGGCUGUACCUGGCCUUGAACAAGACGCAAUAAUGUGGAUUUCAGUGGCGAUUUUGAUUGUCUUGUUUCAAAUUCAAAGAUUUGGAACACAUAAAGUUGGGUACAGUUUUGCUCCAAUUCUUGCACUAUGGCUUGUUUUGAUUGCAUUUAUUGGGGUUUUCAACUUCUUCAAGCAUGACCCAAGCACAAUCAAAGCUCUCAAUCCGAUAUACAUUAUACAGUAUUUUCAAAGGAAUAAAAAGGAUGCUUGGAUUUCUCUUGGAGGUGUCAUUUUAUGCCUUACGGGUUCUGAAGCUCUGUUUGCUGAUUUGGGUCAUUUCAACAUUCGCUCAAUUCAACUGAGCAGUUGUGUUAUACUGGUUCCCUCUGUAUUGCUUGCCUAUCUUGGCCAAUGUUCCUAUCUUCGCAAAAACAGUUCUCAUGUUCCAAAUGCAUUUUAUAGCUCAAUACCAAAAACAUUGUAUUGGCCACAGCUUGUUCUAGCUAUAUCGGCAGCCAUUAUUGCUAGUCAAUCAUUAAUCUCUGCUUCAUUCUCUAUCAUCCAACAAUCUGUAGAACUUGGUUGUUUCCCUCGAGUCAAGGUUGUUCAUACAUCUGCAGAAUAUGAGGGACAAGUUUAUGUGCCGGAGAUCGACACUGUUCUAAUGAUUGCUUGUGUAGGAGUCACUCUUGGCUUCAAAAACACUAUUCAACUCAGCAAUGCAUAUGGAAUUGCUGUGACAUUUGUUUUUGUAAUUACAUCUUCAUUCCUCGUUCUUGUUAUGGUUAUGAUAUGGAAUACAAAUAUAAUUAUCAUAAUCAUCUACAUAUUAACCGUAGGUUUAAUAGAGUUGUUGUAUUUGAGUUCUUCACUGUACAAGUUUGCUGAUGGAGGAUAUUUUCCUUUAUGCUUAGCCUUUGUUCUGGUCUCUGUCAUGUUCAUAUGGAAUUAUGGAUAUAGAAACAAAUACAUUUACGAGCUGGAAAAUAAUAUUGGAGUUGAAAAACUUACUGAUAUAGUCUCAAAUACAAGAAUCCAUCGAAUGGAUGGUCUUGGUUUAUUCUAUACUCAGCUUGUUCAAGGCAUAUCUCCUAUAUUCCCUCGUUAUGUGUCAAGUAUUCCAGCUUUACAUUCAGUUCUUGUAUUUGUUUCCAUUAAGUUUCUGCAUAUUAGUAAAGUUCCUGCAGAAGAAAGGUUUCUGUUUCAAAGAGUAAAGCCAGGAGAAUUAAUAUUUCGAUGUGUUGUGAGAUACGGAUAUGCAGAUUCAAGAAAGGAUCAAGAGGCUCUAUUCGAGGAAAUGUUUGCCAAUCAGCUGAGGGAAUUUAUUCAAGAAGAUAAUAGCAAUAAUGGCGGAGAAGAUAUGCAGAGGGAAAUGGCUUUGGUUGAUAAAGCUUUAAGAGAUGGUAUUGUUUAUUUGAUGGGUGAAGGUGAAGUUGUGGCUGCAAAUGGGUCUAGUUGGGUUAAGAAAUUCACUAUAGAUUAUCUCUACAACUGGUUAAGCUGGACUGUGAAACAACCUGAUGAAGCUUUUCUGAUUCCUCGCAAGCAAUUACUCAAAGUAGGCAUGGCAUACGAGGUUUAGAUUGUUCUGACCAGUCCUCAAUCAAAUGCCUUCUCCUGAUAAUAAAUAAAAUACUGUUUUUUGGCUCACAGGAUUGAGAAUCUUGCUGGUUACCAGUGAGUUAUGGCAGAAGUAUAAAUUAGAAUGUUUGCAGGAUUGUAAUCUUGGUGUUUUAACAGGCCCUUAAUUAGUUACCGUAUGUUAUUGUUUCAA